AUGGCUGCGAAUGAAUCAGUCACCAAGGGCUUUGUAUCCAAGCGCCUGCUCUAUCGUGCAGUGGAGGAUUCAGACGAAGAUAAAGCAUUUUUCCAAAAAGAGUUCGAAAACGAUCCUACCACUCAGGCACUCAUGUCCCCAGCCCUCCAACGUCCCGCGAGUAAAAAGAACAUCGAAAGCUUCAUUAAAGACAUAGAAGGAUGUCUCCUUGGGGUGAUUAUUUGUCUUCGCCCUGAACGGUCUGAAGAAAGCUCAUCUCCCAACAACGAUGCUCAAACAUCCGAUCAAGCUUCCAAGGAAGCUAAACAUGUUCCUAUCGGUCUGCUAGCAAUUUCUAACUGGGGCUCGGGCUUCAAUCGCCAUCGUCGUGCAUCGUUGGGUUUGUCACUCAAAGAGGAAUCUCGUGGUAAAGGGUACGGUCCUGAGGCGAUUAAUUGGGCGCUGGACUGGGCAUUCCAAUGUGCUGGGCUCCACAAGGUGUCUUUAGGUUGUUUUGGAUUUAAUCAUCAUGCCUUGGGGCUGUACCCGAGACUCGGCUUUGUGGAGGAAGGGCGUGAACGCGAAUCUGUAUUUUAUCGUCGUGCUUGGUAUGAUGUGGUGUUGUUUUCUAUGCUGGAGCAUGAGUGGGAGAAUUUAAGAUCUAAGGGAAAUUGA